AUGCCUCGCACGCGUGGGGCGUCGUCACAACAGCAGAACAGUGUGGCGGACGCUGCGGUCCACAACCAGAACUUCCAGCCCCAAGAGCCACUCCAAUUUGGCGACACCAUGGCCAAUUUCGACAGCAAUCCAGGCGCUUUCAGCGACUUCAAUGGCGACGAGAUGGACUUCUCAUUGGUCGAUGGCAUGUUUGACGAAAACCUGGACAAUGGCAUGUUCGGUCAAUCAAACCCGUCCUUCCCAAUGAAUCCGAACGGUUUCAACCAGAGCGUGCCAAACAUCAAUCCUGCCAACAUUUCGCAAUUCGGACCAGGUACGGGCGGAUACCCAGCAUGGUCUGUUCCUCAAAAUCCUCCGUCCGGCCAAAGCAACAUCGUCAGCCAGCGCAGCGACAACGUCAGGCAGCACUUUGGGCAGAUCACACCUCCCGACGAUCAUACGCCCUUGGCGAAGGAUGAUCCAGCCACCAACACCCAGCAGUCGCAAGAAGACAUCGCCAAACUCAGUCGCGCACAGAGAGCCAGAAAUGCUGCCAACAAGCGCCACGCCAAGUCCAAGAAGCGAAAGGACAGCCCGCUCAACGAGUCCAAGAUGGAAGGCGAAGAGGAGGACGAGGAAAGCAAGAGCUCGAGUGUCCAGCGGGAGAAGAACCGGAUAGCUGCAGCGAAAUGCCGGGCGAAGAAGAAGGCGAACUCCGAGGAGAUGCAAGACGUUCAUCGUACUGGCGCGAAGCAGAACAGUCAGCUUCAUCGAGAAGUCCGGGAGCUGAGAGAUAUGAAGGCAUUCCUGCGCAAUCAGCUCCUGCUGCACGAGCCCGGCGUGUGCCAGUGUAGUGCGAUCCAUCACUUCAACAUGGCGCAGGCCCAGCAGAUGGCGAUGGGGGUGGGCAGCAUGAUACCACAGUCGAUGUCGCCGUCUCAAGGAAGUGUGAGCUCCAUGCCUACGCCAGGAUCUGAAAUGUCAGGAAGGCGAUACUCGGGUUCGGGUUCAGCAGGCAUGUCGAACGCACAACCACAGCAGCAGAUGGCCAGCCUAAACUUCCCGCAUACGAUGGUUCCAGAUGCGAUGCACAUGCCAGGCCUUGCGUCGUACGAUCUGUCCUCCACGCCGCGUUACGCCGACUUCCUGCAGAACUCUCCCGGCGGUCAGGGUGGCUUCUCAUGA